UAAGGAUCUGUUGAUUUGUAAUUCUUGUUGCUACAGAGUUUUUAAUUUCGAUUUCACAAAUCUUCUAAACUCCUUUAAACCUUUCGGCCUCAGAAAAAUGACUUCACAAUACAGGGUGGCCGAUUCGAAACGUGAAGAGUUUAGAAAGUAUCUGGAAAAGGCGGGAGUUAUGGAUGCUUUGACCAAAGUUCUUGUGAAUUUGUACGAAGAACCCGAGAAACCAGCGAAUGCGUUAGACUUCAUGAAGGAUCAUCUCCAUGGAGGUCCCCCUGAAACAGCAGAUAUUGAAGCUUUGAAAAAUGAAGUCUCCGACCUAAGACAAAAGGUUGAGCAGCUGACAAUGGAAAACAAUGAUCUUAAACAAAGAGUUCAAAGCCGUUCCAACAGCCGUAAAUCUACAAGGACCCCAGGGUCUCUUAUUCCUCAAGAGCCAAUUGUUGAACUUUCUGAAUAAAAUCUUUACAGUCCUAUGAACCACAAGCCGAGGAUAAUAAUCCAGGAGAAUAAUUGAAGAAAACAUUUACAUAGUUCAUCCUCAGUGUAGAGAGAUCCAUCUGUUUUUGUUGUGGAUUUGUAGUUCAUUUUGUCUUUUGUAAAAUAGCAACUUUGUCAUUAAAGUGGUGUGUUGUUAAGUGAAA